UGCCGGGACACCGGGACAGCGGGACAGCGGGGGGCCGGCGGGGGCCUGCAGCGGCCUGGGGAUGGUACACGGGCCGGGCAGGGAGCUGGGCCGGAGCCAGGCCGGCAGGGGCCUGGAGCGAGGAAUGCCACCGGGCAAAGGACAGAUGACCCCGCUGCUGCCCGCCCCGAAGGUCUCCGUGCCCACCCUGCAGGGCACCCAUGUCCCCGCCGCGGGGGACUGCGCUCAGGCCCCGCAGGGUCGCAGCAAGAAGAAGAGCCGUAAGCACCAGCGGUUCAUGGAGCGCCGGGCGGUGCUGGAGCAGAAGGGGCUGCUGAGCCCCCAUGGGCGCCUGGACAGUCAGACCACCGAGUCGGGGCUGGAGGCACACGCUGCGCUCACCGAGGCGCAUGGCACCACGGCGCCGCGCUGUGACAAGGUCCCCAAGCCCAAAGGGACGGCGUCUGCGUCCCUGUCUCCAUCUGCCUCUCCAGACAGCAUAGCCAGGCACCACUCCGUGCUGCUGUCCCAGGGGAAUGGCAGCUCCAAGAGGGUGAGGACGUCCUCCCUGGUCCUGCGCCCGGGCAAGUACGUGGCCAUCGACUGUGAGAUGGUGGGCACCGGUCCUCAGGGCAGGCUGAGCGAGCUGGCACGCUGCUCCGUGGUGAACUAUGAGGGGGAUGUCGUCUAUGACAAGUAUGUCCGGCCCGAGCUCCCCAUCGUGGACUACCGGACACGCUGGAGCGGCAUCACCAAGCAGCACAUGAAGAAUGCAAUUCCCUUCACGGCUGCCCAGGCAGAGAUCCUGAAGAUCUUGAAAGACAAGAUUGUGGUAGGACACGCCAUCCACAAUGACUUCCAAGCCUUGAAGUACUUCCACCCGAAAGACAGGACUCGAGACACCAGCCAGAGCCCUGUGCUGAAGAAAAGGGCAGGGCUGCCUGUCAGAGCCAAUGUGUCCCUCAAGAACUUGGCCAGGCACCUUCUCCAUAAAAAGAUCCAGGUUGGCUGCAAAGGACACUCGUCAGUGGAGGACGCUCAGACAGCCAUGGAGCUGUACAGACUGGUGGAGGUGGAGUGGGAGAAGGAGCUGGCCCACAGCCUGCCCCCCCGGCCCCCCAGCCCCAUCACAGACCCCGCUGCAGACAGCAGCCAGUACCUGGAUGACCAGUACUGGCCCACAGAUCUGAUGGCAAGCAGCCUGUGAUGAGGGACAGCGUCUCCUCCGUGCUUUUUGGGCCAUCCUGGUGCCUUCAGCUGUUAAAGGUGGAGGUGACUGCUGACCCCCUCCCCUGGGGCUUGUGCCCAGCACCCAGCCCUGCUCAGGGAUGGAGACAUGGUGACACCCGGACACAAGCAAUCUCCCCAAAAUGCUGUCUGCAGCCCUGAGCUGUCACACAGAAAUAAGGGCUGUGACUGCACCGUGUUCAUCUGUCACUUGGGGAUGAGCAGGGUCCUGUGUCAGCCUGGAGGAGCCUGUGUGGGCAUGUAAUGGGAGCUACCAGCACCUUCCAUGCUUUCUGUGGGGUUUUCCUUGUCCCAGACAGCAAGGGGCAAGUCUUCCUGUGGAGGGUCUGAGGUGUUUCACUGAUGCUCAAAGGCUGCAAAGCGUCUGGGCCAGUAAACAACCCAUUUGCUCCUCACUUUCUUUCAUAGACUCACAGAAUAUGCUGAGUUGGAAGGGAUCCAUCAGGAUUGUUGAGUCCAACCCCUGGCCCUGCACAGGACACCCAAAGAAUUCCAUCGUGUGCCUGAGAGCUUUGUCCAAACACUUCUUGAACUCACUCAUGCUUGGUGCUGUGAUCCCUUUCCUGGAGAACUUGUUCCAGGGCUCAGCUCCAGGUGUGUGCUGAAUAUUUUGUCCAGAAGGAUACUGUGAGAGACAGUAUCAAAAGCUUUGCUUAAGUCCAAAAAGAUUUCAUCGCCUGGUGUCCCUCAACCAGGUGGGCACCCUGUUGUAGAAGGAAAUCAGUUCAAUGAGCAGGACUUUGCCCUCAUGAAGCCAUGCUGGCUGUGACCAAUGACUGCAUUGUGCUCCAGGUGUUUUUCAAUACCUCUCAAAAAACAGUUUCCAUGAUUUUACCUGUCAGCAAAGUGAGACUGACAGGCUAUAGUUUCCAGUGUCCUUGCCCUUCAAAGCUGGGGCAACAUUUGCCAACUUUCAGUCAUCUGGGACCUCUCUAGACUCCCAAGACUGGUCAAAAAUAGUUGAGCAGCUCUGUAAUGAGAUUCAGCAGCUCUGUAAUGAGAUUCAGCAGCUCUUUGAGGAUUCUUGGAUGAAUCCCAUCAGGCCCCAUAGAUUUUUAGGGAUCCAACUGCACAAUGAAAUUCAGGAGGAAAGUCUGGGUCUAAUCAGUGUCUAGCCUGGACAAGAGCAUUAAAAGCACUUCAUUUGAAAUAAAUGAUUCACAUAAUUGUCCAAUUCUGAAUUAAAAAACUCUUCUGGCUAAAGCCCUUGUGUGUAUUCUGUGUGAUUUGAUCUGGCAUUUCUCCAGGAGUGAGAGGGCAGGAUGAGGUUGCCCAAGUACCAUGUUGUGCUCAAGGGCUUCAAACUGACCUGCAACUGGAAAAGGUGCUCUCAGUGGCUGGAGUGGGUCGUUCCUUGUGGUAGGAGCUUGUCCC